AUGGAUAAGCUGAAAUCGUCACAGAAGAUUAUUCGCAGCUCAUUUACAAAGGCAUAUAACGUUUUUCAAGAUGAGAUGCAAAGACCAUCACCGAAUCUAACCAAGUUACAGACACAGUUUGCAUUAAUUCGGGAUAAAGCAAUCGAACUCACCGAAUUAAGUCACAAGAUACGAGAUGGGAUGAUCAGCGCCAACGAACAAGAGGAAACCCUUACGAAAGAACUGGAAAUCGCAGAUGAAUAUGCCACAAAAUAUCAUCAAGCAAAGAUCGAGUUAAAUGAUAUUAUGGAAGUAAAAGCAACGCCAACACCAUCCUCACAGCCAGCAAUAGUAACUUAUCAGGAAAGUAUUCGCACAUUAAAACUUCCUAAAAUAGAGUUAAGAAAAUUUGGGGGCGAAAUUAAGGACUGGCUCUCAUUCUGGAGCACAUUCCAAAAAAUUCAUGAAGACGCAACAUUUUCAAGAGAAGACAAAUUUCAUUAUCUUUUGCAAUCUACAGUCAAAGAUUCGCGAGCAUUCGAGGUAGUCAAUAGUUUCCCCCCCACCGCAGACAAUUAUGAAAAGGCCAUAGACAGUCUAAAAUCUCGUUUUGGUAAAAAAGACUUACUCAUAGAAUUUUAUGUGCGAGAACUACUGAAAUUAGUUUUGAACAAAAACAAGAAUAUUUCACUAAUUUCCAUCUAUGAUAAGUUAGAGACACAUUUAAGAGCGCUCGAAUCAUUAGGCGUAACAACAGAUAUGUGCGCGGCCAUGUUAUUUCCGUUAGUCGAGUCUUCGUUGCCGGAAGAAAUUCUAAGAACCUGGCAACGAGCAAUAACUACAAGAGAUGUUUCAGCCACAAAUAUUACUGCAAAAGAUCGUCUUAUGCAUUUAAUGGCAUUUUUAGGAAAAGAAGUGGAAAGCGAAGAACGCAUCCAUAUGGCUAAGACAUGCUUUGAAACAACUAACGAUCCAGCGAAGAAUAAAAAGAAAACAAAAAGUGACAAAGAUCAAGAUAUCGUCACAGCAGCCGGAUUAUUAACAAUGAAGGAAACAAGCCCGCCAAAAUGUUUGUUUUGCGAAGAAAGUCAUGACAGUCUACACUGCAAAAAAGCCAGGAGCAUGUCCAUGGAACAGCGAGUCACUUUAAUCAAGAAUAAACACGGUUGUUUCAAAUGUUUACGAAUAGGACAUAGCUACAUAAAAUGUCGCAGUAAGCAAAAAUGUUCUUGGUGUGGAAAAGGGCAUUGUCUGCUGUUAUGCAGAAAUUUAGUCAAUAGCGACGAAAAAUCAAACAAAAACACACAAAAAGAAUCAAAUGAGUCAGGUUUUAAUGAAGUAAGUACUAGUCUUGCUAACAUAAAUUUGAAUACAAAAGUAUUUCUACCCUUGUUAAAAGUCAGAUUGCGAGGUCCCACAGGUACGAUAAACGUACGAGCUAUUAUUGACACUGGUUCUCACAAGUCUUACAUUUUAAGCCGAGGAGCAGAAGAAGUAGGUUAUAAAAUCAUAGGAGAACAAACCAUGAUACAUUUGUUAUUCGGAGGAGCCAGAACCAAACCUAAAAAUCAUCAGGCAUAUCGGAUUUAUUUAGAGCACCUCGAUGGUUCGUACAAGUGCGAUUUUAUCGCUUUUCAGCAACAAAUUAUAUGUCUCAACACCCCCAAGUCAAACUGUAAGCUAUGGAAGGACACGCUUGAAAACAAUAAGGUACAACUGUCCGAUAACAGGGAAGGCGACGAAUUUAUCACGAUAUUAAUAGGAGCAGACGUUGCCGGCAGAUUAUUUACCGGAAAGAUCCUUCAGGUAGAUGAUAAUGUAACAGCUAUUGAAACGAAGCUUGGUUGGACUUUAAUGGGCAAAAACUUAAUUGACAAUACCAAAGAAGAUACAACUUUAAUGAUCAUAUCCAUGAUGGCAGAGAACGGCGAAGUGUCAAACCUGUGGAAACUGGAUACGUUAGGAAUUAUAGAUCCUAUAGAAAGCGAAACCAAAGAGGUACGUCAAGAAGUAAAAACCUUGUUUCGAAAUACAACUAAGAUUAACGAUGAAGGACGCUAUGAGGUUCUAUUACCUUGGAAAGUAAAUCAUCCAGUGCUGCAAGACAAUAGAGAAAUAGCUGAGAAGAGAUUAAAAUCAAGUACGAAGAAACUACGUCAAGAAAACUUAUAUGAAGAUUACGAAGCAGUCUUCAAUGAUUGGCUAUCUGAAGGCAUUAUCGAGAGAGUUCCAGAAAGUGAGGUCGGAGACAGAGGCUACUAUCUUCCUCACAGGCAUGUCGUCAAAGAGAAAAGUACGACCAGAAUUAGACCAGGUUUUGAUGCUUCAGCGAAAACAAAAACCUCACCAUCGUUAAAUCAAUGUUUAGAAACUGGCCCCAAUUUACUUGAGCUUAUUCCAGCUAUAUUACAUCGAUUCCGGGAAAGGAAGAUAGGAGUAACAGCAGACAUCGCAAAAGCUUUUCUUCAGAUAAGUAUUACACAGUCAGAUAGAGAUGUCCUGAGAUUUCUGUGGUGGGAUACUCAAGGAAAUAUCAUAACAUACAGACAUCGUAGAGUAGUCUUUGGUGUAUCAAGUAGCCCUUUUUUAUUAGCAGGAACUAUUGAGUUACAUAUUGAACGAAGCUCCAAUACUACCAACUCAACAACCAGAGAAGCAAUCUGUAAAAAACUCGCGAAAUCAUUUUAUGUGGAUGAUUGUAUUACAAGCGUCGAUUCACAUGCUGACUUACAAACAUUCCAAAAAGAGGCUACUUCUCUAAUGAACGAAGCGAAGUAG